GGAAUUUAACCGAUUUCAGACGAUGCCGCCCAUCGAAGGAACCCCGAUGGCCGCUGUGCCAGAAGGAAAAUCAAACGAAGAAGUUGCAGCAGCUAAACCAGUCAUCGGAAUAAUUUAUCCGCCUCCAGAAGUGAGGAAUAUUGUUGAUAAGACUGCUAGCUUUGUAGCCAGAAAUGGUCCAGAAUUUGAGAGUAGGAUUCGUCAGAAUGAAGUUAACAACCCAAAAUUCAACUUUUUGAACCCUUCUGAUCCCUACCAUGCAUACUAUCAACACAAGGUGAAGGAGUUUAAGGAAGGCAGAGGACAAGAACCUUCAGCUCCAAAGUUUGGUGGACAGUCAGUACCAGGACUACAGAAGCCUAUGUUGGAGCAGGCUCGGAUCAUUGAUAUCCCCAUCAUACCCACUGAACCACCUGCUGAGUUUGAAUUUGUUGCUGACCCUCCUUCUAUAUCAGCUUUUGACCUGGACGUGGUCAAACUAACUGCCCAGUUUGUGGCCAGAAAUGGACGACAGUUCCUUACCAAUUUGAUGAACAGGGAGCAAAGAAAUUAUCAAUUUGACUUUCUCCGACCCCAGCACAGUCUCUUCAACUACUUCACCAAACUUGUGGAACAGUAUACCAAGAUCUUGAUCCCUCCCAAGGACUUACUAGCACAACUCAAGUCAGAGAGUGAUGACUAUCACAAGGUACUAAACCAGGUGAAGUACCGUGUAGAGUGGGCCAAAUACCAGGAGAGGGAGCGAAGGAAGGAGGCCGAGGCUAUUGAGAGAGAAAGGGUGGCCUAUGCACAGGUUGACUGGCAUGAUUUUGUUGUGGUGGAAACAGUGGACUUCCAGCCCAGUGAACAAGGUAACCUGCCACCUCCGACCACACCCUCUGAGGUGGGAGCUCGUGUUCUUGCUCAGGAGAGAAUAGAUAGAGGGGAGGUUGAUGAGGGAGAAGAGAUGGAGGUAGAAUCUGACGACGAAGAGGAAGUGGAGAUAGAAAAGAAUGUAGGAAAGGCACGGCAAACAGAAAUAGAGCUACAGGACAUGGAUGAGUCGUCUUCCUCUGCAGACGAAGACGAGGAGGAGCUACAUGAAGUUGCUCCACCUCAGCCACCAGCACCUGCUCCUCCACCUCCCCCACCUCCUAGUGAUAUACCAGCGCCACCACUCCCCCCGAUGCCAGAUCAAGUGGUGGUUAGGAAAGACUAUGAUCCAAAAGCCAAGGCCCUCCCUCUUGAGGAUACCUCUGACCAGUAUCUUGUGUCACCUAUCACUGGCGAAAAGAUCCCCGCCCACAAGGUGCAGGAGCAUAUGAGGAUUGGUUUGCUGGAUCCUAAGUGGAUUGAAGCCCGUAAGAGAACAAUUACAGAGAAGCGUGAUCAGGAAGAGGUGUUUGCUCCAGGCUCGGCCAUUGAGAGUAGCUUGAAAAUGUUGGCUGAGAGGCGUACUGACAUCUUUGGUGCUGGUGUGGAGGAGACCCAGAUUGGUAAAAAGAUCGGUGAAGAGGAGAAGAAAGAGAAAAAGGUUGUGUGGGAUGGACACACAGCUUCCAUGGAGAAAGUCACACAGAAGGCACGUGAGAAUAUCACCAUAGAGGAGCAGAUUGCUGUCAUACACAAAGUCAAAGGACUCCUACCAGAUGAGGAGAAGGAAAAGAUUGGACCAGCCAUACCCAAACAGCCUCCUCCUCCCAAGGCUGCACCACCACCUCCACCUCCUAAAUCCCAACCCCCUCCCCCACAGGCUCCGAAGCUAGCACCUGUACAGAAGAUGCCUCCGCGGCCUCCACAACAGCAGCAUAUGCCACAACCGCUGAUGCAACAGCCCCGUGGUGGCCUAAUGGUGCUGCCACCAAGGCCACCCAUGCCUCUGGGAAUCCAUCCUCAAAUGCACAUGCCACAACAUAUGAUGCCUCAUGGCCCUCCCCAUCCCCCAAAUUAUCCACCUUCCCUGAUGGGCAACAGACCCCCAGGUCCACCUCACAAGAGUCACCAUCCCCCGCCGCCCUCAAUGGAGGAUGAACCAAUGGCAAAGAAACAAAAAACAGAGGACCAGCUUGUUCCUGAAGGAGAAUUCCUCAAAAGAAACAAGGGACCGGUUACCUUCAAAGUGGUCAUCCCCAAGGUUACAGAAAAGGCAGAAUGGAAGCUGAAUGGUCAGACACUGUCCUUUACUCUUCCUCUUACAGACACGAUCUCUGUAAUGAAAGCUAAGCUGAAUGAGAGUCUUGGACUUCCAGCUGGAAAACAGAAGCUCCAAUACGAGGGAAUUUUCAUGAAAGACUCCAACUCUCUAGCUUACUACAAUUUCAUGAAAGGAGCGACAGUUCAACUUCAGCUGAAGGAAAGAGGAGGUCGCAAGAAAUAGAUCAUCUAAUUCUGGAAAUCUAUAUUUGUUAUCAUAUACCGUUUUCAAAUCAUGGCUUUUCCGAGGAUAUUUUAACCUCAAGUUAAAUUGCCAAGAAGUAACAGUUGCGAGAAAAUAUCCAUUCUAAUAUUGAAGAAAAUGGGAUUUUACAAAGGUGUAAUGUACAAAAACGUAUUUGAAAUAUGUAUUCAAAAUAUUAUUGUUAUAUGAGCUGUAGACUUACUCUCCUAAGUGUAGUAACAAAAAAUGAAGGAUUCACUUCUGUAUUCACAUUUGCUUUAAGUCACUAAAGAUUUGAAGUUAGGUACAGACCUAAAAGUUUUAUUUUGAUUUAAUAUUCAUGAUUUAGCAGGAGUAUAGUAAACAAUUAUUUGAGAAUACAAAACAAACCAAGGCUACCAUUUGGAAUUCAAAAUUAGUAUGUGCAAAGUUUGAUUGAAAAAUAAAGGAUUUGUCAGGAGGUUUGAUUUUUUUUUUUUCACAAGGACUAAAUACUGUAUUGGAGGUAAUAUUCUUGUGGGGUUUUAAGUGUGUUAUAUUUGGGUUUGGACAUAAAGAAAGAGCACAAAUUUAAACCCCCAACAGACAGUUUAUUUUAGUAAACUACAAUAUCAGAAAAUGUAUCUGAUGAAUCUUUAUAUGCGAAUGUUAAUGUAAAUAUAUGCUUCACAGUUUACUGCUGAAAGUACAGUUCAGCCAAGUUCACUUUGUGUGAACUAGCCACAACCAGGGUAAAUGUUAAGUAUUGGUGACAAGCAGUUAAGCACCUACACAGAGCUAUCAUUUUAUCUGUUACUGACAUCGGUCAUUUUUUAUAUUACUUGGCAAUUUUAUUUUGCCAAGGCAGGAUAAAAUAACGGUGAACUUUUUGUAUUAUUUUUCCUUGGUUUGACAUUCUGGAAUGAUUUAAAAGGAAUGAGCAAGAUUAUUUAUACCAUCACAGAUUACUAAAUUUUUAAGAAUUACUGCAUGACUCAAAAUAAUUUGUACACGCAUUUACAGAUAUGUACACACAUUUACAGAUAUGUACACACAUUUUUUGAUAUGCGAGUUUGAAUACCACAAGUUUCAUUUUCACUAGUUAAUAUGAAAGUAUCUGGGCAGUAUCUUGCAUCAAACCAAAAUUUCCAAAUAACAUCAGGUGUACAUAAAGAUGAAUAUCACCAGUGUAAAUUAAACCUUAUAUCCACAUUAAUAUGUUGUAUAAGAUCAUUGCAGAUUUAUCAAAAGUGUACAGCAUAUCUGGGGGGAAAAGACCUUGCUCAUUCCAUUUUUUCUUUAAUAUUGGUCAGGUAUGCUUAGAUGUAUAGAAAUAAAGAAAAAAUUGAAGAAAAUGUCAGAA